AGAGGCGGCUAUAAAGUCACCGGGCAUCCUCCUCGGCCUUCACAGUUGUCACGGUCUGCGCCAUGCUGGGAGGCCUGGGGAAGCUUGCUGCCGAGGGCUUGGCCCACCGCACGGAGAAGGCCACGGAGGAGGCCGUUCAUGCUGUGGAGGGUGUGGUGAAGGAGGUAGUGGAGCACGCGAAGGAGGCUGGAGAGAAAGCCAUUGCCGAAGCCUUCAAGAAGGCCCAGGAGACAGGGGACAAAGUGGUAAAGGAAGUUACGGAGACUGUGACCCACACAGUCACAAAUGCUGUCACCCAUGCAGCAGAAGGCCUGGGUAAACUGGGACAGUGACCACACCCACAGAUGCUUCCUGAAUCUCAAUAAAAAUCUGUGAAAUGUG